UGUGAGUGUGUAUCUCCGUAUGUGAAUGCGGCUCCCGAAGGAGCAGUACCCGGCUCCGUUUGUACCAUCGACUACUGCUCUGAUGUGCACUACUGUCCAUUGAACUCGACCUGUAAAAAUGUCGGCGACCAGGCUAAAUGCGACUGUAACGCUGGUUUUGUCGAUCUACGCAAGUCGGAUAGACUGUCAGAGGCUGGCCUCGGUGAUGCGAUCUGCAUGCGACACACGGAUGUGAAUGAGUGUCUCCUUGGACUGCAUAAUUGCAGUGCAGCAGCGAUCUGUACAGACCUGAAGUACGGUUACGAAUGCAAGUGUCCUGAUGGCCCUGUGUCGGAACCAGGCCUUGUAUGUGCAGCGUUGCUGUGCGGUCUGUGCAACGGCCACGGUGACUGUAUUCACGACAGUGUCACCAACAACGUCACCUGUGCAUGUGACGACGGCUAUUCUGGACAGUUCGGCGAGGCUGCUCCAUCAAACGCAGGCCUCAUUUUGAUGACCAUUCUGGCUCUACUGUUCCUCCUGCUCACGCUGCUUUGCUGUCUGUACCUCUGCGCACGAUGCCGUUGCUUCGGUGCAAGAGGCAUCAGCGAAGGCAGUGCAAGCGGCCGAGAAAUACUCGGUUCCGACUACUAUACCAUUCCUCGUGCUAAACUGAAGCCAGGCGCCCAUGCGACGGUGUUGCACGGUCCGUUUGAGACGGACACCGAGCAGUACGCGGUGACAUCGGCAGACCACUUCCGUCAGGCGUCAUCGGCCAGCGCAGCUGCUGGAGCCACAGCGGCGUCUCUUCAUGGCAGCUCCGGCCUCAUCACUUCUGGAGUUCAAGGAGCUUCGAUGGGUGGACAUAUGAGGACAGAAGGAGCGUACGAUUCGGAGUCUGACGCGGAUUCCGAUGCCGGUCGUGCCACGUACGAUCGAGUGACGCGAGUCGCCCAAUCGCACGAUUUCCUACCCGGCGCUGAUCCACGAGUGGGAACCGAACGACGACGAAACGAAGUUGUCACCACCACCACUGCUGAAGAAGUCAACUACUUUUAA